AUGCCCUUCACAGGUUUGCUUGGUGGUGGCGGGGAGGGAUGGAGAUUUUCAAGCGAGGAAUUAAACAAAUCUCUUCGAGCAUUCUUUGCAAGCAUAAGAAAGACAGAUGGGUCGGAACUAAAGAAAUCAUCACUGACAUCAAUUAAGUACGGAAUUUGUAAAUAUCUGAAAGAUGAGUGUAAAAUUGAUGUGUGCAAUGAUAAUUCAUUUUCGUCAUGUCUUACCACAUUUAAGAGCAAAGUGACAGAUCUGAAAAAAAAGGGUAAAGGAUCUAUUGAACACAAAGAUGAAAUUUCCUCUGAGGAUCUUCAAAAACUUUUCAGUAGUGAAAAUAUAGCAUUUGACAUUGACACACCAUGUGGGUUACAGAAAAAGGUCUGGUUUGAAAUUAUGUACUUUCUUUGCCGGAGAGGGCAGGAAAAUCUGAGAGGAAUGAAAAAAGACACCUUUGCCGUCGCUGUCAAUGCUGCCGGUAGGAGAUAUGUCUAUCAGAUGGUGGAUGAAGCUGAUAAAAAUCAUGGUGCCGAGUCGAGCUGUGAUGAAACCAUUGGCGAAGGGAAAAUGUACGAGCUUCCUGGUGAUGUCAAUUGUCCGGUGGCUUCGUUUUAAAAAGUAUCUCAGCAAACUGAAUCCAGGAAUUGACUGCCUAUGGCAGCGACCGCUUGAUAGCUUCGAACUUGAUGGACCAAUUUGGUACUGUAUGGCUCCCUUAGGAAAGGGAAAACUAGCUGGAAUGAUGGGCGAUAUUUCGAACUUGGCACAUUUGUCUAAACGGUACACAAACCAUUGUAUUCGAGCCACAUCAAUAUCCGAACUUGAUAGAAAUGGAAUCGAGGCUCGACACCUGGUACGAGUGUCUGGACACAAAUCUGAAAUGUCUAUUCGUAGCUACUCGAGACGUUUGUGUGACGAAAAACAGCAGCAAAUUUCUGAUACACUGGCUAAAGCCCUGCAGAAAAAGCCAAAUGUGACAAAUAUAAAUCAACAGGCUCCAAUAAUCAACAUG